CUUGCCUAUGUCUGCGGAUUCAAACGUGGGCCGCAGUAGAGACCCGAAGCAUAGAUAGGCUCAUUCUCAACAUAAAUUUUGUAUUUCUCUGUGACCAUGUUGGACUGAGACGUGUUGGAAUAAGAGGCCAAAACCCAAUAAUGCCUCCAUUGGUUAGGUCGGCAUUCACCAAGUCCAAAAUCUCUAAACAGCGUGGACUCCCCUUUGAACCAGAUGUCUUCAACUGUCGAGCAUGUGGUGCUGACUAUCAGGUGGAGGUAAGAGCUCUUGACAGAAACAGACUGGCUCUAGUAACUACUAAAUGGAUAAAUCUUGGAGCCGGCCUUGACCCUAAUGAUAUCCGUUGGAAGAAGAAUAGCCAGAUACAGUAUUCUGUCGACUCGGAUGCUAUAAGAUCGUCUAGAGAGACUCUAUCUUUGUUUGAGGGUGCAGAAGGCCCCUCCCUGGAUUCUCUAACCCAGAAGAACGAAUCAUACUUAUUAUAUGAUAGUUAUAUGUACUCCUUGGACCACUGGAAGUUUAGAAUCUGGAUGAUGCAAGGCGGAAAACAUGGCUGGUGGUUCCAUUUCUCUUAUAAAGUGGCCGGAAUUUUUGUCCAAUUUCUUCUUCUCUGGCCAUGGUGGACUGGUGCCGCUGUGCUUUACCUUUCUGCUUAUUGGUAUAACGUACUAUAAAUCAGGACAAUCUCUAAUACGGAUCCGUUUUAUUUAUCUCUCUUCCUACCUAAUCACCCAGCACUGCCUCUUACGGAUAUCUCUUCCUGCCUAUUAUGUAGGCAUUGAUAUGUUUCCACCUCUUGAUGACUAUAUGCCAUCAUAUGGAAGGAGACAUCGAUUCAUGGGCUAUUCUUUCCUAUUAUCAGUUGCAGAAGGUGCUGAUAACACUUAUAUAUAUACCAACAAGACCCUUUGCUCUUUCUGUUCUGUUAUCCUCUAUUGUUUUUUCCAUCCUCCGAUUAAUGUUGACUUUCUCGCGUUCUUCCUCUGCUGACUAGCUCCUUCCGUUCUCGGAAGGGGGCUGGUUUCUAUAGCGACGCGGAGCGCGUCCUAUAUACAACCUUUUCUUCUUCUCCUCCUCCUUUUCUUUCUCUUUUUUUCCUUCUCUUCCUCGCGCCGUGACGCCACACCACAUUAUCACAUAUAUAUUUUCCAAUUAUAUAUUGUUAUGAUGGCUAGCGAAAAGCCGACCAUUUGGGCUAUUCUACAAACGGGGCAGCCUAGCUACAAGCCUUGUGGCCGAUCCUGGUUGUAGCCGUGCCAUACAUAAGUAGGCAAUCACGAAAAAACUAAUCGGCACCGGGGGGAACCACCUGACUGUUGAAGAAGACGGAUUGGUUCUUAGCAACCGUCAGACGGAUCCAAACAGUUCUCUGUCUGGAUCCGUGCGCGGACUGGCAAAGUCUAUUGACAACCUUGCCGGAAGAGUUGACAAGCAAACACAGAUGAUGAGCCAGCGAAAAGGCUCAGGGGUUGA